AUGGCUUCUUGCUUCUGCUUCGGCCGCCGCCGCCCAAUCAUUGCCUGCUUUGUUCCCUUCCUCCUCCCCCUCCUCCUCCUCGUCGCCUUCCUCGCCUCGGCUUCGGCCUUGGCCGCUUCCGUGACGACGACGAAGCUAGGCAGCACCGGCAAUGCCACGCGGCGGGUGCCGUUCAGCUCGGAGGAGGAGCUGCGCGGGUUCCGGAGCAUCGCGGCCCGGCUUGCCAGGCUCAGGGGCGCGUCCAUCAAGACGAUCCAGGCACGUGCGCAUUCGUUCCUUUGUCACGGCGACUCCAAAUGCAGUGAUCAUCAUAGAAGUCCCGACGGCGACGUCAUCGACUGCGUGCCGGCGCACCUGCAGCCGGCGUUCGAGCAUCCCAAGCUGAGGGGCCAGAAGCCAGAGAGCGAGCCUGCAGAGAGGCCGAGGAGCAGCAGUGGCCGUUUCUCCGAUGCUGAUCGAGGCGAGGACGACGACCCGUUGCCUCAGGUGUGGCGGCGCUCCGGCGAGUCGUGCCCGGAGGGGACGGUACCGGUGCGGCGGACCACGGAGGACGACGUGCUCAGGGCCAGCUCUUCCGCCACCCGCUUCGGGAUGAAGGCCCGUGCCGGCGGCUUCGGCUCCGGCUCCGGCUCCGGCUCCGCGCGGCGCGACUCCACCGGCAGCGGCCACGAGCACGCGGUGGGGUACGUGACCGGCGGUCAGUUCUACGGCGCCAAGGCGAGCCUGAACGUGUGGCCGGCGCAGGUGGCGUCGCCGGCGGAGUUCAGCCUGUCGCAGAUCUGGGUCAUCUCCGGCGCCUUCGGCCACGACCUCAACACCAUCGAGGCCGGCUGGCAGGUCAGCCCUCAGCUCUACGGCGACAACAGCCCCAGGUUCUUCACCUACUGGACAGACGACGCGUACCAGGAGACGGGCUGCUACAACCUGCACUGCUCGGGGUUCGUGCAGACGAGCAGCCGCGUGGUCAUCGGCGCCGCCAUCUCGCCCAUCUCCUCCUACGCCGGCCGACAGUUCGACAUCACGCUCCUCAUCUGGAAGGACCCGCGCCGGGGCCACUGGUGGCUGCAGCUCGGCUCCGGCAGCUCCGGCGGCGGGCUCGUCGGCUACUGGCCCUCCGCGCUCUUCACGCACCUCGGCUCCCGCGCCGACAUGGUGCAGUUCGGCGGCGAGGUCGUCAACGCGCGCCCCGCCGGCGCGCCGCACACGCCCACGCAGAUGGGGUCCGGGCGGUUCCCGCCCGAGGGGUACGCGCGCGCCGCCUACUUCCGGAACGUGCAGCUCGUCGACUGGGACAACAGCCUCGUCCCGGCGGCUGGGCUCCGGCUGCUCGCCGACCGACCGGGGUGCUACGACAUCGCCGGCGGCAGCGGCGGCGCCUGGGGCACCUACUUCUAUUACGGUGGGCCCGGCAGGAACGCACGGUGCCCGUAG